UAAUAUAAUAUAUCAUAAUAUAAUUUCAUAAUAAUAUAGCCGUGUAAAUGGAGUGGUAACUAGUAACCACGGUUUAAAAAUGCGGUAGUAUGUACAGUAACACACUGGUAUACACACAAUAUUUUGCGCAAAUCAAUAAAAUGCCACUCCGCCUGUAUAUACUGGCAUUUUGCCAUUUUGGCAUAUUAUCGUUUUGUACGGCAGCACCACACUGCACACUGCACGACAGAGCGGACGGACGGAGACGACAGAGUUGUUGUACUGCUGCAGUGGUGCACCAUUGCGCCGUUGUCGUAUGCAUAAAGUCCUGUCCGCGAGGACAGCUGCAGCUGCAGCUCAGUAGCUCACUGCCGGUAGUAAAAACCGUAUCGCCGCGAUCUGACGUCAUUCGUCCGCGAGUGUGUGGGGCCGUGACCGACCGACAUUCGUACACACUGUGCGUAGCCGUAGCGUCAUUUCGAUUUGCAGUUCCGCACUGAAUGGUGAUAAAUCAAAAUUCAGGCGAAUAUUGUUAUCGAGCAUUCGAAUUUCGAAGCGAGCGCUGAGCGCUAACACAGGUGAGCUCUCGGUUCAGUGUUUCACGUAAUAGUACCAAUUUGUUUUUGUUUUUUUUGUAACACCAUUUUUGACAGCUUAUCAUUGUUUUGACGUACAAUAAUAUUUUACUAAACGAAGGUCCGAAUCUCAAAAUGGGAAUGAGUAAGAGGACAGCUCUGCUGUCGGCAGUCAUAGUGACAUUUGGUCUUGGUACACUGUACUUGGGAUUGAAUAUGAAAACUCCACGCCCUCCAAAAGAUCCUAAUAGUUGGGACAUACUUAUAUUCACACAAACUUGGCCAAACACAUUAUGUUAUUCGUGGAAAAGAAGUAAUCCUGCACACACAUGUAACUUGCCAUCCGACAAGAAUAUUUGGACUGUUCAUGGCGUAUGGCCUACAAAACUUGGAACAGUUGGUCCAGGAUUUUGUAACAAAUCUUUGGUGUUUAAUCCUGCUUCUAUUUAUGGCAUAAAAGAUAAAUUAAAUCAAUAUUGGACAGAUAUAGAGAUUCCACCUAGUAAUACUACUGAAGGAAAUUUUACAAGCAUUGAUACAUCGCAUAAAAAAGAAAGUAUUUAUUUUCACGAAUGGGAAAAACAUGGUACAUGUGCUGUAGCACUACCAGCCUUAGACUCAGAAUUUAAAUACUUCUAUCAAGGAAUUGAAUGGUCUGAGAAGUACAAUAUGAGGGACGUUUUAGACAAAAGUAAUAUAAAAAUAAAUAGCACAUUCCAUGUAGAUGAUUAUUGGAAAGCAGUGAAGUCAGUUUUGAAAACAAAUGCAUGGAUUGAAUGUGAAACCAAACAUGAUACAAAGGAACAAAUGUUGGCCGAAAUAAGGAUAUGUUUUGAUAAAACUUUAAAACUAAUUGAUUGUGAUGGCAUUAUGAAACCUAGAAAGGGGCCAAUGAAGAAGUCUCAUGCAUUAACUAAUUGUGAUACAAAAAAACCUAUUUUGUACUUGGAUCAUGUUCCAGAACUGAAUAUUUCUACUAAUACUAAUUCUACAAACUCUAAUUCUACUUCUACAGACGCUAUUCUUACAAACCCUAAUUCUACUGUUGAUGAGCACUCAAAGCACAGGUUAAAACGAAAAGUAUCUGAUAGCCCAGAUGAGUGGAUAACUAAAAGUCCUCGUCAAAUUAACAGAUCACAUUCAUAUCAGCCUCGCACAAAUUCUUCAUAUAAUCAGAAUUUAUAUCGAUCAAAUUCAUACCCUUAUAUACCACGCAAAGAAUGGGAUAUAUUGGUAUUUUCUCAGUCAUGGCCGUAUACGUUUUGUCACACUUGGACUGUUAAUUCAAAUACUCACACUUGCAACUUACCAGCCAAUCGUAAUCAAUGGACAAUACAUGGAAUUUGGCCAUCUAAAAUUGGUGCCUUUGGUCCAUCUUUUUGCAACAAUCAAACAACAUUUAAUUUAAAUGCUUUAAAUACCAUUAUUCCUGAAUUAAAAAAUCGUUGGACAGAAAUAAAAGAGUCAAAGACAUGGACAAGGAAACAAGAAGGUGAACUGUGGAGACAUGAAUGGAUAAAACACGGAACAUGUUCUAAAUCACUGCCAACUUUAGAUUCAGAAUUAAAAUAUUUUAAUCAAGGGUUAGAUUGGUCUAAACAAUAUGUACUGAGUGAUUUAUUAGAACAGGGAGGCAUUAAGCCUAAUGGCAGUUAUCCUAUAACUCAAAUUUGGCAUACAUUAAGAACUGGAUUGGGAAAAAACCCACAUAUCGAUUGUUAUUAUGAAAGCCGUACCAACAAACCUUAUAUUGAUGAAGUGCGUAUAUGUUUUAACAAAUCAUUAGAAUUGAUUGAUUGUGAUCCGUUCAGAAGAAACAGCAAUAAACCAUCUACAAAUUGUCCUUUGGAUAAAGAAAUAUUUUACAUAGGAGCUGUAGUUUAAUCUUGAAGUAUUCUCUUAUUAAUAUGUGUAUGGUAUGCUAAGAUCAGUAAGAUCUGAAUAGAAGAUAAGAAUAUAAUGUAGUCAUGUCACAUUUAAAUAUAAUGUUUCAAUUAAAAUUUCACAGUUACAUUUUUAAAUAAGUACAAAAUAUUCAAACAAUAUAUUUUAUUAUAAUAUACAAUAUAAUAUUGUCUUGUUUAUAAUAAUUUUUAUAGUAAUAUGUACAUUUUUAAUCUUUUUUCACUAAAUAUUGACAGCUUUGUUUUAGUGAAGCUUUGUAUUCUAUACAUUUUUGUUUUAUCAUUUUUAAUUUCUAUAUUAUAUUUGUAUAUUUUGUA